CACUACCUGCGCUCAGCGAAUAUCACAACGUGUAGAAAAAUGAAUUAUCACAAAUUUGGGAAAACAUGUUUUACUACAUCAGUUUUAGUUUUUACAUGCACACUAAUUGGAAAUGGUUUCGCUUUCUUACAAGAAGAACAGUAUUUGAUUGCUAACAAAACUUUGUGGAUUCAAACAAAAUAUAGUAGUGGUAGUAUCCCUCUUCCGGAUAUGUGUAGUGAUACUAGCAAUAAUACCUUUGAGCAUCCUCUCCAGAGCUGUAUUUCGUACGUAGAAUCUGUUUCCUAUGGAGAAGUAGUUGGUGUUUACCUAAGGGAGAUGUUUGAUCUCUGUCAAACCUGCAUUAGGAACUCUUUGACCAACAUCGAGGCUUCACCGGAAACGUGGCAGAUAGGGUGUGAUAAUAUCCCCACGACGUCUGACAUUGUCUUGUUUAGUUACGUCUUCUCUAUAGAUGGUUUAGUUGAAAAUCUUGAAAGUGGAACAUGGAUUGGAGACGUGUGUAGGCACGAUAAUGUAUCCCAUAUUAAACUGAAAGAUUUAGAAGGAUGUGAUCAUUCAUCGAAUGCCGCCAAUAUUCUGUUUGUUCAGCAUGUUUGCUCGAUAAAGAAUUCUACAAAUAGUAAAGAUUUUGGGCUAGCUUUACCUACUAGUUUAAACUCAUCGCAUUUACCCUUUGAAAAACUGUUGAAAGCUUAUAACUGUGCUCAGGAGUGUGACGCAUAUCAGUUUUUUCACGUAACAUUUACAGAACAGGAUUUGAAAUGCAAAUGUGAAAGAGGAAAUGCAGAACCUUCUAUACAGAUUGACAAAGAGACAGGUCAACAUAUAUACGAGAUCAAUGCUGACCCUGACCUUCAGGGAGACACUCUCAAUACUUUGGGAGAAGACCUAUGUGUUGUAGCCAACCUAAAGAUGGAAAUUAGACCAAUCACCUUCACAGUACACACUACGUACUGUAACGAAUCUAUUGCAACACUUUGCCAGAAAGUUACAGAUAAAAAGAUCAACUACAUAUUUUCUGACAAUGAAACAAAUUUCAUGGAGAGUUGGAACUACUGUAAAAAGGAAUCUGCUUAUUUGUUUUUACCUGAAGACUUUCAGUCAGGAGCUUUAGAAAAGAUUCUAACCUUCUCGCAAUUCAUAGCAGAAAAAAUAUCUGUGUGGAGUGGAGUAAUUGAAAGAAAGACCUGGAAUCCAUUGUCUUGCAAAAUGAAUAUUUUUUCUAGCAACUGUAGCAUUCUCACAUCGAGUGCAACAGGGACGGAUAUGCACUAUCUAGGAUCACAGACAACACAUACUACUGAAAGUACAGUUCUGCAUACAACAACGGAAGAAACCCUGGAAGACAAGAAUAAAAAGAACUGGUUUGAUUCGUCAAGUGAUUGCUGUCGGAAGUCAAAAAUAUUGUAUGACGAGGAAAUUCAAAAUGACGAUGACAACUUCAAUAUAAUUCAUGAAAUGAAUGCCCAAAAUUUUACUGAAAUAUAUUUGAAUAAAAGAGUGUUCAAAGGACCCUGGAUUGUACCUGCAGGCACGUAUACAAUUUAUAACCCCAAUGAUUCUUUGUCUGAAGUUACUGAUAUUUAUGAUUGUGCAGUACUAUGUCGGAAGUGUUGGUAUUUCGGAAUGAUGAACAACAGUUGUUUCAACAUAUCAAGUUUGUUUCAUCAUGCAGCUGAGAGCUCAAAUAAACAUACGAUUGAUCUGUAUUUUUCAAAGAGUGGAGAUAUACUAGAAACGACCGCCCCUUCCGUUGGUGUCAAUUGUGUACAAGUCUCUACAAAUACACAUGUGUUCCCUGUUUCAUAUAUUCUUUAUGUGAAAGAUUGCGAGGAAUCGCUACAACCAUUAUGCCUAAGAGCAAAUGAUUCUUUCUACUUUACAAGUCAAACGCCGUUGAAUUUCACAGACUCUAACAUAUUUUGUAAAGAUAAAGGUGCCACUUUAGCUUCCUCGAUUUCCAGUCGACAUCUAUACAAUAGUAAGAUAGCAAAUGGAACAUACUGGACGGCAAUAACCAGAAAAAAUCAACUGGGAAGGAAAGAUUGUCAAAAUGAGACUGAUCAUGGUGGAUACUGCAGAAAGAUGUUUUCAAAUAGUUCCAUUGUUACGACAGAUUGUGAAGAAAAGACAUAUUCCAUUUGUAUUAAAGAAAAAGAGGAGACAACAACUACUGAAGCCAUCACUACCACUGCUACGACUAAUUUUACUACGAAUAUUACUACAAAUACUACUACCACUUCUACUUCCACCCGUACUACGACCCCACAUACCAUCACCAGCCCCGAUUUAACAACAGCCUCCACUGAAAGUCAUGUGAUACAUGUAGAUUAUAUAGUCAAAGUGAUACAAGAUCAUAACUGUAUUGAGGCUGCUUUUCAGUGCCAACAAAACUAUGGAAGUGUUUGGAGUUAUGAUUUACCUGAUAUGGAAGAUACAAAUGUGUCACAAAUACUACAAAACAAAGGUUUGGAAGAAACUUGCACCAAUUAUGGAUUAUUUGUUAGUAAUUGGAUAAUGCAAACAGGAUAUAGUGGUGGACUUCAAAGUAAUGCCUUUAAUAUUGCAAUUAAUCCUGAAGCAGCUUAUGAAUGUUCCAAUCAAUGCGUGGAAUUCCCUAACUUUAAAUCAUUGGAAAAUGAAUGUCACUGUCUACUAGAUCAGACAAAUGUAUCUGACUACUCAGAAAAUACAACAGCCGUGGUGUACAGUACAAUAAAAGAUGUCGAUAUAGAAGCCAUGGAGCUGGAAAACGAAGGAAAGCAAUGUGUUGUAGCCAGCAUUGAUUUUGACGUAUUUCCAAUGAGUUAUACAUUCAAAGGAACAGCUUGUAAUGAAACGCAUCAUGUGAUCUGCCAAAAAUUCCAUGAUCAUGUUCUUAGAUACAUAUUUCUGCCAAAUGCAACUUAUUAUGAAGCUGCAGACAGGUGUUCAAACCUUUCUGCGAAGAUUUUCAACCCAAGAGAAUACGACCCAGGCCUUCUUUCAAAGGUCUUGAAAUCAGUGAAAACAGAGACAAUUUGGACUGAAAUAUUUAGAGAAUUUAUCUGGAGAAAAAUAAAUGGUACUCGAGAGCAUCUGAAAAAAUUCGAACCACUAUUUUGUAGAGUUUUAGGGUGCAAUGGUACUCUAGAAAGCCAAUUAUGCAGUGAAAGGAAUUCAGCGUUAUGCUUCAUAAAUAAAGAAUAUGAAAAUUUCACUCAAAUGCCAACAACUUCAACAAUAUCUCAAGUGGGUACAACUGUACACACAACAGCGGAACUAACCCCGGAAGAAAUGAAUAAAAAGAACUGGUUUGAUUGGUCAAAUGAUUGCUGUCAGAAGUCAAAUACAUUGUACGACAAUGAAAUCCAAAAUGACAAGAACGACUUCGAUAUAAUUGAAGAAAUGAAUGCUCAAAAUUUCACUGAAAUUUACUUGAAUUAUAGAGUGUUCCCAGGAGCCUGGAUUGUACCUGCAGGGACGUAUACAAUUAAAUUCCAGAAUGUUUCUUUGUCAAAAGUUACGGAUAUCUAUGACUGUGCGAUAUUGUGUCGAAAGUGUUGGUACUUCGGAAUGAUGAAUAACAGCUGUGUCAACAUAUCAAGUUUGUUUUAUAAUGGAGCUGACAGUUCAGAUAAUCAUACUAUUGAUCUGUAUUCAUCAAGAGAAGGAGAUAUACUAGAAGCGACUGUUCCUUCCGUUGGUGUAGAUUGUGUGCAAGUUGUAAUAAAUAGAGAUGUCUUUCCUAUUUCCUAUCUGCUCUCUGUGAAAGAUUGUGAGGAAUCUAUAAAAGCAUUAUGCCUAAGAGCAAAUGAUUCUUUCUACUUUACCAGUCAAACGCCGUUAAAUUUCACAGACUCGAAAACGUUUUGUAAAGAUAAAGGAGCCAUUUUAGCUUCAUACUUUUUCAAUCUACAUCUAUACAAUAGUAGGAUAGGAUAUGGAACGUACUGGACGGCAAUAACCAGAAAAAAUCAACUUAGAAGGAAAGAUUGUCAAGAUCAGGCAUAUGAUGGUGGAUACUGCAGAAAGAUGUUUUUGAACCGUACAAUUAUUACGACAGAUUGUACAGAAAAAACAGAUUCCGUUUGUAUAAAAGAAAAGGUCACUACAACCACUUCCACUACUACUACUACCACUACCACUGCACCAACCACCACCACCAGCCUCGCUUUAACAACAGCCUCCACUGAAAGUCAUGUUAUACAUGUAGAUUAUAUAAUCAAGGUGAUACAUGAUCAAAACUAUAGUGAUGCUGCUGUUCAGUGCCAACAGAGCCAUGGCAGUCUUUGGAGUUUUGACUUGUCUGAUAUGGAAGCUACAAAUGUAUCACAAAUGCUGAUAAACAAAGGCUUGGAAGAAACAUGGACCAAUUAUGAAUUAGUUGUCAGUAAUUGGAUUAUGCAGACAGGAUAUGGUAGUAGGGUUCUAAAGUAUUUCCUCAAUCUGAUGAGAAAUCCUGAUGUAGCUUAUGAAUGUUCCAAUCGAUGCGCGGACUCUCCUAACUUUAUAUCACUGAAAAAUGAAUGUCACUGUCUACAAGAUCAGAAAAAUGUAUCCGACUACUCAGAAAAUAGAACAGUUGCGGUAUAUAGCACAAUUAAAGAUAUUGAAAUAGAUGCAGAGGAUUUGGAAUAUGCAGAUAAGCAAUGUGUUGUAGCCAGUAUUAAUUUUGAAAUGUUCCCAAUGAGUUACACAUUCAUAGGAAGAACCUGUAACGAAACACAUCAUGUGAUCUGUCAAAACGUCCGGGAUAAUGCUAUUGGAUACACAUAUCUGACAAAUGCAACUUACCAUGAAGCCCUAGAGGCGUGUUCAAACCUUUCUGCGACCAUUUUUAACCCAAGAGACUACAACCCAGCACUUCUUUCAAAAGUGCUGAAAUCAAGGAAAACCGAGACGAUAUGGACUCCAAUAUGGAGAGAAUUUAUCUGGCAAAAACUGAACGAUUUUCAGGAGUAUCUGGAGAAAUUUAAAAGACCAUUAUGUAGAGUUUUAGAUUGCAAUGGUACUCUAAAGACCCGAUCAUGUAGUGAAAGGAGCUCAGCGUUAUGCUUCAUAAAUAAAGAUAGUGAACAUGUCACCCAAAUACCAAUAUUUUCUUCAACAUUCUCAGAUAAAAAUAAUGAAAAGGUCACACAAAUUCCAAAUAAUGCAACAAUAUCUCAAGUGGAUACAAGUACAGACAGAAGAAAUGUCACCACAGCUCCAACAAUCUCAAAUAAAGGUCAGACGGAGAAUCUCCUGUUGUAUAUAGGAUCGGCCUGUGGUGCUGUUGUUUUAGUAUUAGUGGUAGUUAUAUCUAUCAUACUGUGCCAUAAACGACAUAACGGAAUAAAUGGAAGUCUUCUACAAGUCAACGUUGCAGUGGCAGAUGAUGUUCAGAGUAACAUUAACGGAACCAUUCUAAAAAGAAUGAAUGACGGAGUGCUAAGAGCAGAGGAUCAAUCUGAGGGGGAUGUCCUCCAAAUGAAUGGGUUUAAUAGCGGAUUUUACAACUCAAGAUAUGCAGAAUACAAUCCGGAAAAUCAACGUGCAAUAGACACUCGAAGAAACAAUGUCGAAAUCAGUCCAAAUACAUUCACUUACGGUUGGCAAGAGGGAGAUGAUCAUGGCGACAGGGACGAAGAUGAUCUAGAUAAAAUCAUGUUUAAUGACGGUGAUUACAACUCAGAACGGGAUGUAUACAGUGUGGUAAAGAAAGAUAGACGAACUACUGAUACAGAUGAAGAUGGUGGCGACAGAGAGAAUUCUGACAACCAUCCGGAGUUUAAAUUUACAAUGAGGUAUAAUAAAAAUACAUUUGAUAGAAGAAAAGUGGAGGAACGAGGCGGAUUAAGUGAAUUGUAGGAUUUUUCUCAUGACAUCAGUUUUAUCCGUAUUCGGGUUGUUGUUUUUUUUUUAUUUUACAACAACUUUUUAUUUUUUCUUUGAGGUUUGUUUCUAUAUAACGAUACAUACUUGUUUAUUUAAUGCAUUAUUUUGGAAUUAACUUAUUGUAAUGCAAACUGUGAUAAUGCCAAGAUAGGUCAAACCGAUUGGUUGUGUAUUUAUCCUGUAAAAUACUUACUGGUUAUUUAAGAAAUUAUUUAUUCUUAAAUUCAAUCACGUUAUUAAGCAGGCUGGAUGGUCAACAAAUUAACCAUUAGAUCUACCUAGAAUUUUAUGAUAUGACCUGUUUAGCUAUAAACUAUUAUUUGGUUAAG